AUGUCAGAUUCACAGAAUUUAAUACAACCUAUUGAAAAUGUACAGUCUUCUGUAACGACACCAUUACCAUCGAUAGUUGAACCACCGUCAAUCGGUGGUAUUGGCGGUUCAACAGCAAAGAAGGAACCAAAGACACCAAAGACACCUAAAGAACCGAAAGCAAAGAAAGAACCAAAGACACCAAAAGAACCAAAAACACCUAAAGAACCGAAAGCAAAGAAAGAUCCUGCCACACCAAAGACACCGAAAGAACCGAAAGCAAAGAAGGAACCGAAAACACCUAAAGAACCAAAAACACCCAAAGAACCAAAGACACCAAAGACACCUAAAGAACCGAAAGCAAAGAAAGAUGCUACUACUAAAGAGAAGAAAGAUGGUAGUGGUGGUUCUGCUGCUGCUGCUGCAACUAGUGGCGAUUCAUCGGCGACAAGUACAAUCAGUACAUCUUCAACAAGCACUACUACAACAACAACUUCGACAGGCAAUACUUCCUCUGCUACUACUACACCUGGCGGCGGUGGUGCUGGUGGAAAGAAGAAAGAAUCGACAUCCAAGAAGAAGAAGAAAGAAAAGGAUAACGACGAUGACGAUGAGGUUACAACCGUUGCACCACCAUCUUUGAUAGCAAGUGCUGCUAAUGCAAAGGAUACCAGUGUGACUGGCGGUACACCUCUGGGAAAGGAUAAGGAAACUGGCAAGAAGCGAAUUGGUUCUCCUUUGGCACAGACGUCGGCAUCAACAAAGAAGAAGAAGAAGAAUGAUGAUGAUGCUGCUGGCGGUGACGAUGACGACGAUGACGACGACGACGAAGACAACGAAGACAAUGACGACGAUGAAGAUGAAGAUGAAGACGAGGAGGAAGACGAGGAUGAGGAAGACGAAGAUGAAGACGAAGACGAGGAAGAUGAGGAAGAGGAGGAAGAAGAUGAAGAGGUUGACGAAGAGGAAGUUGGUGAGGAGGCCGAUGAAGAUGCCGAUGACGAUGAAACUGUUGCACUGGCAAACGAGACUGACACCCACCAGCGUGAAGAUACCACACUACUCGAAGGUCUAUUCACACACUUUACAGAGGAACAACAAACACGUUACGAAUUCUAUCGUCGUUCCAGUUUGAAUCGUGCCAACGUCAAGAAAGUAAUGCAAGGUGUCAUCACCACACCGGUCAACCAGACAUCUGCAAUCAUCAUGGCAGGUAUCUCAAAAGUAUUCGUCGGUGAAAUAGUUGAAACAGCAAGAAGUAUAAUGGAAGAAUGGAAUGAGAAUAUAGGACCACUAAGACCAAGACACAUAAGAGAAGCCUACAGAAGACUGAAAGAAACAAACAAAGUUCCAUAUUAUAAAAGAUUUAAUCCUAAAUUAAAUUAA